AUGCAUCUCUCCCCGAACCCGAUAAUCUCCCCCGCAUUCCACCCCCUCGCCAUCGGAGACAAAGGCGACGCACACGCCUCUCCCGAACAAAUCUCAGCCAUAGUCUCCAUACUUAUAGAUGCGGGCAUAUGCUGUUGUUUCGUUCAGGAAUAUGCACUGGUUUAUUAUGGUACAAGGCGCUUGCCUAAUGAUCGUAUACUAUGUGUCCCAGACGAGCAGCAUCAACGUGCCAUCCAACCAUUGACAUCUCGGGAUGAUAUAUUAAACCCCUGUGCUCCUCUUCCCCUUAGAAGGCCUGGCUUGUUGAGUCACAAGUAUUCCCGGUUCAAGGCAAUCGGGAGGACUGGUUUCUGGUUACUCCUGCCGGCGAGCGGUCUUCCCCAUCCCAAUCUCCCAAUCUACACCCAAAGCCUCCUAGACACCAAAACCGGCGUGGACCUAGAAGACCUAAUCGACGGCAUGAAAACCUCAGAAGAAUGGGAAGAGCAGAAUCUCGAUCUUGAAGGGUACACAGAUAUAGCCUGA